AUGAUUAUACUAAAUCUCACCAAGUGCCUAACCCUGGCUUCUCUAUACCUCUCUAUGGCAGUUUCGUCCUCGCCAUCAACUUGUCCUCUACCGGGCCAAGUAUCAUGUGGCCACGGAUCAUACCCAAACUUCUGCUGCGCUGCUGCCCACAAAUGCGUCGAGCUCGCUGGUAAUACUACUGUUCUAUGCUGUCCAGCUGAUAGCGAUUGCUCCAUGAUCAAGCCAGUCAGCUGCGAUAUCGAACUUCAGAACGUCACAUCUCAUCCAGAUGCCGCCAUCAAGACCAAUGCACUAGGUGUGAGCCUACAAAAGUGUGCCUCCAAGUGCUGCCCAUUUGGCUAUACCUGCAAUAGUGCUGGAAAUUGUGCAGAGAACGCUGAUCAAUCCCUUCCACCAGGUUCAUUGCUCCCCGCUAUCCUUUCUCCAACAACUUCGGUAGCGGCGUCUUCCAUGCUCGAAUCCACUGCCUUUACCUCGACCUACUCACCUUUGCCCACAAGUAGUGCAUUUCAACUAACGUCUUCGCCGAGAAAUUCAUGUCUUGACCAUACUGCGAGGGCUAUAGUAGCUGGUUUUUUCCCUGGUCUAGUUGUAGGUUUAAUGUUAGCCGCCUCAAUAUUUGCCUGGGCUGUAACUUGGCGGCGACGAAAAGAAAAAUCACUACAAAGUACACAAUUUGGACGCAUCUCACAGCCUCGACUGAUUGGAGAUUUGCGGUCAGACUUCCUUCGAAAGCAACCUCAGUUCCCCAAGACGUUUGUCAAUGGUUCUCUCGAAAAGCGGGGUAGUAUCUUCUCCCACUCGACUAGCUAUGCUACAAACUUAGAAUUAGGAGGCCGUGGUAUUUCGCAGCAGACUCUCUUGCCGCCGGUGCCGUUGAAGAUUCGAAGAUCUUUCCGAAGUCAGAGCCGAACAGAUACUCCCUUGAAAUCAUGCGAUUCUGACUUAAGUGAUCUAAGUCUAUACGAUAAUCUCGCCCAUACUGCUGCCGGUUCAAUAGUAGGUCAGCGUGACACGACACCGCGGGACUUUCCAGAGAGCCCACUAGAGGUAUCCAAGAAAAUCAAGCAAUCACGGAGGCCUGCUGAUGGGCUAGGGUGCGUGGCAAGCUCUACCAAUAUAUUAGGUCGGCCGUCGAUAAGUAUCCAUACUGCAAAGCCAGUAAUGGCCAACUACUCGGCUGAAGAGUCUCCUCGCGAUUGGUCACCAAUCUCACAAGUGAGACAUGGAUAUGCGUAA